CCGGUCGUUCGUGGCCAUUUCUACGUGAGCACCACUUGUGCUAACGUUAGCCUGUUAGCCUUCCUGGUUCAGUGCUGCCACUGAGACACUGCCGCAACUGAGAUUGAGCUGUUUGGAAAGUCUUUGACGUCCAAAGAUGUACCUGGUGGGGCUUACAGGAGGCAUUUCCUCAGGAAAAAGCACUGUGUCUUCAAUGCUGCGGGAGCUCGGCUGCCCCAUUAUUGACGCUGAUGUCGUGGCCAGAAAAGUCGUGGAGCCGUACACUCCUGCCUAUUCUCGCAUCGUCUACCAAUUCGGGCCAGAGGUUCUGCUGGAGAACGGGGAGAUCGACAGGCAGAAGCUGGGCCAAAUCAUUUUUGCCAACGAGGAGAAGAGGAGGCUGCUGAACUCCAUCACCCACCCAGAGAUUCACAAAGCAAUGCUCAAAGAGAUCCUCUUGUACUUCCUCAAAGGGUACCGCUAUGUGGUCUUGGAUGUGCCCCUCCUCUUUGAAACUAGACGGCUCACCAAGUUUCUGACCCACACUGUGGUGGUUUACUGCGACCCUGCAACUCAGCUGCAGCGCCUGAUGCAGAGGGACGGCCUGACCCAGGAGCAGGCCGAGCAGCGCAUGGCCGCUCAGAUGCCGCUCAACGAAAAGCGCGGGCUGGCCAAUCACGUCAUCGAGAACUCGGGCAGCCGGGAGGACACCCACCGGCAGGUCCUGAGGCUGCACACAAAGCUGGAGGACUCCAUGGACUUCCUUUUAGUGAGGGUCAUCGCCAUCGCUGCCACUGCUGGUCUGGGCGGGUUACUGCUCUACGCAGCCAAGGUCCUCUUGUCCUAACAGCCGUCGGAACAAGGGUUCAGUGUAAUGUGCUAAAAUGGGAAACUGAGUAGAGUCUGGCACAAGGCAGGUCGAAGGUACUGAUGCAAUUUACUGUGAAAUUACCUUCACAGCACCUAGCACUACAGCGCGGCAGCGUGGCGCUUUAUGUUGACGGUUAACUCACUGACAAAUGCAGUUUAGUGUGAAGGGUUUUAUGUGCAAUUUUCUCCCCUUUUCCCUCAAAGACGAAACGAUGAAGGCAAACGUUGCUGAACAAGCUUAGUUCUAAAAGUAAUUCUUUAAAAAAAAAGACCGUGAAAUGUGACUUAAUCUUUAUUUAAUACAACUCAAGCAACGAUAACAGUCAAGACUUAUCACUGAAAGUUUCACAUUACACUUCUUCAAACAUGUUUAAUCACCUACACAG